AUGACCUGCUCGCGUUCGAACCUACUCGACGCUACGAUUGUCCGUAAGCGACUAGAGAUCCAGAGGCCUGGAAGCGUCCUGAUCAAGGACGACGACAACGUUUCACGGGGAGCUGCGUGUCAGGCGAAGCUACUGGAACAGCGGACCAACAAGGUGGACAGCAAAUUACCGAAGCGUAAAUUCUCUAGUUUCUUCAAGAGUCUGGUGAUCGAAUUAGACAAGGAACUGUACGGUCCGGAGAAUCAUCUGGUGGAGUGGCAUCGCACGGCUACGACGCAGGAGACUGACGGCUUCCAGGUGAAACGCCCCGGCGACCGUAACGUACGCUGUACCGUGCUGCUGCUGCUAGACUACCAG